AUGGAGCCUUCAGCCACUGCCCUCAGCGCUCACGGGUUCGACUACGACAGUGGGGUCUUAGACAAACCACUUGCCAACUUCAUUCAACGAUUCUAUACUCUCUCCGAUGAGAAGGAUGGCGUGGCAGCAUGGGCUGCUUGUUUUGCUGAAGAUGCAACUUUGAAAAAGGGAGAUAUUGUGGUUGUUGGACGCGAAAGUCUGGUUGAGCUGGGCCAAAACUCUUGGAACGGUCAGAGAUCCCGGCUUCACAAAGUAUCCAAGGUCUAUCCAUUUAGCCAGCCACGACCGUCUGAAGUGAUGUUGCAUGGCGUAAGCCAAAUUGUGUAUGACGAUCAAACCACUGGAGAGCUGGCAUGGGCCGCUAUCCUACAAUUUUCAAGAUCACGAGGUGGACAAAUCCAUAUCCAGUCUUACUAUAUUUACCCGACUGCCCUGGUAAAGAAGGCAUAA